AUGGCGCAAGCUGUUUUCGAGGAAGGUCCGUUGGAGCAAUAUUUGCGAGAUGCAGGCGAAGUGCACGAACUUCUUAUGCCUGGUAUUUCACAGAGUAUAAUUGAAGACAUCGACAUUCACCGACAUCUUUACGCUUUUGAUUCAUUACACGAAACUGGAGAAGGAGAAGAAGAGAUGGAAUGGAGACCUCAUUGCUUGAUUGUAGGUUUAAACCUCCUCGAGACAUUUCUCUCGUCCACCCGGCCCACACACGCUCCAAAUCCAUUCGUAGAGCGAUUUAAAUACACGAUAAUCUCCUCUUCCCUCCUCUCGACCUCGUUAUCGUCGUCCCACCAGCCAGCGACACGCUCAUCUAUCGGCUCUAUCCCCGGAAACCUCAAGGAUGACUCGCUAUCAAUACCGCCCUCCAGCCCGAGCUCUUCAACGACACCACACCCAAACAGCAGCAACCACCAGCCACCCCCUCAUUAUGCCUACUUUUCGCUAGCCGCACUCGCCGCUGCACUCUUGUUGAGUUUUGAACGAAGAUGGCUCGCCACACUCAGCCUAGGCGGCCUCUCCUUCCUCGCUUACAACCUUCUCGCCACGUCUGAAACGCCCUCUUACGACUUUACUCCCACCAUAAACGCCCUUGAUGACCUCGUAGAAGCCAACCGGAUAUGGGAAUCCACGGUUCAAGACUCGAUCCAAACCCUCGAAAAGGAGGAAGCGACUCUCCUCCGCAGCCCCACGUCGGCACCUUCCCCUUCCUCCAAUGCACUCCGCGUAGCCGUACAUUCGGCGCUCCAGACUACUCGCACGCAAUGCGACAACGUCCGGCAACUCUUCUCAGCUCUGACAUGUCCUUCCGAACUCUCGCAGCUUUCGGAAAUGUACGCUCCGCCGUCGCCGGUGAAGAGUCCGCUGUUGCUCCCGAAUGAGGGCCUUACACCUGCUCGACCGUACUCGUACCCCAGUAGACACCAGUUCUCGCCACCACCGGUUGCAAGUUCGCCCGAGAACAAGCGGGCGACCUGGAGUGGCUCGAGUUCGUACACCGGGUUGACAAGCCCAGUUAUGUCCAGACGGAGAGAGAAGCACCGGUCGAACCUCUCGGUUCUGUUCCAGGGCUCGCCAACGCCAUCUUCUGCCUCAGCCAGCACGCCCAUUACCCCCUUCCAGACAAGCCCUGGCCCGUCACUCGCUCAAAUCGCUGAAGACCUGCACCACCAGGAUUCCGAAGAGCAGAAUAACGGCGGCGGAAUCCUCUUGUUCCAAGACGACACCGAAUCACCCGUUUUCGGGAGUGCAGCGCUUGAUUUGCAGAAACAGCGGAAAGCGGAGGGAUAUGGGACGUUCGAGUUGUCCCCUCCUGCUAUUCCUCGGUCUCCUCCGCUGAGUCGGAGUCCGAACCGGUUAGGCCGAUAUUCGACCUUUACGUCCUCCUCUGCCCCGACGACCACGUUUUCUUCGUCCCGCUUUACGACCUUUUCUUCCCCCGCACACCACCCUUCACAUCGUCACCCUCUCUCGUUAUAUGCGCUCAACCAAGCUCUCCUAUCAGCGCUCUCAUCCCGCCGGUACACCUGCUCUCACCUUCUCGCUCUCCGCUUCAACGAAGAAGAUGGAAGCAGUGAGGAAGGAAGGGAGUAUUGGGAAAACGUCAAGAGUGUCGUUGAAUUGUUGACGACAACGUUUGCAGACGAGAGUGCGAGGUUAGCCGAGGCGCUGGAAGAAGUCGAGCGACAACAUUUGCGCGAUGCGAACCCCACACCCGACAUCUCUGGCGAGUUCGAAAUCAACCGUCGCCGAGCUGCCCAGCACAACCGAGUUGGAAGUGGCGGGAGCGUGAGUGGUCUUGGUCUGGGUAUCGGACACAGCCCUCUCACUGAGGGCGUACUGGGAUAUGGCGUUGGAGGAAAACGCCGCACCCCCUCAUACGACCGUGUUUCCUUUGCGCCUAUGCCUUCGCAUCUUUCGAGGUUCGCGGCGCAUGUGGCUGCGAUCUCGACUGCGCUUGAGGAUGCGAGGGAGCAGUUGGAGGAGUGUGUUGCCGCGUUGAAGGAGGAGAAUGGGAUUCCUGUGGCGGGAUCUAGUUCUUCGCCGAGGUCGAGGCUGUCGUCUGGGUCCUCGUCUGGUCCUGUGCCUAUUCCUGGUUUGAGGAAUAAGCGUUCGCAUACGGAGAUGUUGCAUCCGGAGGACGCGCGGGAGGAGAGGGUGGAGGAGGAGCACAGGGCUCUUCAGGCAUAUGAACGGUUGAGGAGGGAGCUUGGGCUGGCACUUCGAGAAUGCGAGAGGGGACGACAAAAGUUGGUUGAUCUCGUUAACCCGCCGCCUCCCCCACCUGAAGACGAAGAUAUCGACGUCCCGCCUUUCCCUCUCACCCAACAACCUACGCCUCCGCUUGACUCGACUGAAGGCGAGGGCGACGAAUCUCUCGGACGUGUUAGCACAACUUCUACGUUUGGUGAUGAAGACGACGAUUCGGAGGAGUUGGGUCCUUCAGCGGCGGCGGUGGACGACCUCACUUCGCAUCUUCUCAAUUCGAGCGAGAUGUACCCGUUGAUGGGUCCUGAGAAGGUGUAUGAAGCCGACACGUCUACGGAUGUGGGAGCUUUCACGAGGGAGAGGUCCAAGCUGAGCCGGGAGGAGAGGAUAAAGCGCGUUAGAGAGAGGCGGGAGAAGGCUGGAGGUGGUCGGAGUAGUCUAAGCGGUCUGCAGUCCAACGACGCUGGAGGCGACGAGGAAGGCCAAGUGGGAGGUGGACGGAACGAGAAGUGGGGGCCUGGAGGAGAGGUGGUUCAGGAGUUGAAAGACGUGAUAUGGAAGGUUAGUGAGCGUCGGAGGAAGAUGUUGGAGAGUCAUUUGGCGAUGGUGCAGAGUCAUGUGCAGGGUGGGUUGCCUGUAGGUGUUGUUGAUGUUGGUGCGGGGGAGGGAGCUGGUGUGGGUGGGCUGGAUAUUCAGCAACCUAGACCUCUCCCUGCUUCGUUUUCGUGA